AUGGAUCCCACAACCUACACCAAUCCUCAGUUGACGCUGCAGGAUAAAUUGGUGAUCGAGGCUCUAGUUGAUAAACCAACCUCGGAUAUCAAUUCUAAAUCAAACCAGUCAUCACAAAAGCUUAGCGAUGCAGAGCUAUCUCAAAAGCUCUAUGAUAUGAAUAAUGCCUCGCAUUCUAGCUUCGAUCCUACUAUCUUUCAAUUCUGGGAAACUGAAGUAUUACGGGCAAACCUGCCAGAGACAGUGCAGCGCUAUUUACUGCAGCCUUAUCUGAAAUGGGCUCAAGGCGUUGUCCGAUAUCAAACUGAUGUCGUGAUGGUGACACAUCUCAUUCUUUACUUCACAACAAUUGUCCCUAGUGCAAUUUACCUCUACUACAACUUCUCAUGGUGGCAUGGUGUUUUACAUUGGGUCAUGCAGCUAUGGUACUGUGGUGCUUUCACAUUGAUGAAGCAUCAGCAUAUCCAUAUGAAUGGCGUUCUCGCACCUCAAUAUUGGAUUUUCGACACUCUAUUUCCAUAUCUGCUUGAUCCCAUGCAUGGUCAUACAUGGAACUCUUAUUUCUAUCAUCAUAUCAAACAUCAUCAUGUUGAAGGCAACGGUGCUGAAGAUCUGAGUACCACGAUGUUCUAUGACAGGGACAGCCCCUUCGACUUCGCUUGUUAUGUUGGUCGCUUCUUCUUCUUCAUUUGGUUGGAGCUUCCCCUCUACUUCUGGAGAAAGGGCCAGAUGAAGUACGCUUGCAAGGCUGCAUUCUGGGAGCUGAGCAACUACUUGUCCAUCUAUCUUCUCUACAACUAUGUGAACGCUCGCGCAACUCUUUUCGUCUUCAUCCUUCCACUCACCGUUAUGCGAUUCGGCCUUAUGGUGGGCAACUGGGGACAACAUGCUUUUGUGGAUCCAAGUGAUCCUGACUCUGAUUAUCUUUCCAGUAUUACCUUGAUCGAUGUGCCGAGUAACCGUUUCUCCUUCAACGAUGGUUACCACACCUCUCAUCACCUCAAUCCCCGUCGUCACUGGAGAGAUCACCCUGCCGCAUUUAUCAAGCAGAGAGAUCGUUACGCUGAAGAGCGCGCGCUUGUGUUCCGCAAUGUCGACUACAUCUUCAUUACUGUCAAUCUUCUACAGAAGAACUAUAUUCACUUGGCCAAGUGUCUUAUUCCGAUCGGAAAUCAAGUUGACAUGACUCUUGAAGAACGGGCCGAGAUGCUGCGGACUCGAACUCGUCGUUUUUCGAGUUCGAAGGCUAAAAAGAAUUGCUGA